AUGAAAGAACUUGAUAUGAUUGCUACUGACAAAGCAAGACAAGCAAAGCUCGUACAAGUUUCUUUUCCAAAUGGAACUACAAGUUUGAAUUCUUUUAUUGAUAUGAGUAAGAAAAGAAGAGGAAGUGAUGGACCUUUAGCAAAGGCAUUUAAUAAUGAGGCUAGAGAUCAUCUAUCAUCUGAAAUGGCUAGACUAUUUUAUUCUGCCAGUCUUCCAUUCAAUGUAGCUAGAAAUCCUUACUUUAUCAGUGCAUUCACUUAUGCAGCAAACAAUUUUAUAUCUAGCUACCUUCCUCCAAGGUAUAAUUCCAUAAGAACUACAAUGUUGCAAAGAGAGAAAGCCAACAUACUAAAACUACUCCGACCAAUUAAAGAUACUUGGCCAAAAAAAAGGUGUGAGCAUAAGGUUGGAGUAGAAAAUGUUGUUCAAGUCAUUACUGAUAAUGCCCAUGUUUGCAAGGUUGCUGGUUCAAUUGUCGAAGGAACAUAUCCUCAUAUAUUUUGGACACCAUGUGUAGUGCACACGUUGAAUCUAGCUCUAAAAAGUAUAUGUGCACCAAAAAAUACACCAAGUAACAAAGUUGUUUAUCUCGAGUGUAAAUGGAUAUCUGAUAUUCCUGAAGAUGGUUUUUAUAUUAGAGUUUUUACUAUGAAUCACUCCAUGAGAUUUGCUAUGUUCAAAGAAUUUGUGGAUUUGAUGUUUCUUUCUAUUUCUGAAACAAGAUUUGCAUCAGUUAUUGUUAUGCUUCAAAGGUUGAAAACCAUUAAGAAGGGUCUCUUAAAUUUGGUAAUUAGUGAACAACGGUCUGAAUAUAGAGAAGAUGAUGUUCAAAAGGAGGCCUUUGUGAAAGAAACAAUUUUAAAUGAUCAAUGGUGGGAUAAAGUUAAUUAUAUUCUAAGAUUUACAGAGCCUAUCUGUGACAUGCUUCGUUCUUGUGACACCGAUGAGUCAAACCUGCAUUUGGUUUAUGAGAAAUGGACUAAAAGUCACACACCUCUUCAUUGCUUGGCUCAUUCUCUCAAUCCAAGACAAUGGCUUGAUCAAUCUCCAAAUCGAGUUGCCCCACACAGAGACAAUGAGAUUUGCACAAGAAGAAAAAAAUGCAUAAGGAGUUACUUUGUAGAUGAAUAUGAAAGGCUAGAGGCAACUACUAAAUUUGUUAAGUUCUCAAGUGGUGAAGGUGAACUCAGUCAAUUUGAUUCAUUACAAGAUAGGUGGAUCACUUAUGGAUCAACAGUCCCUAAACUUCAAUCCAUCGCAUUGAAACUUCUUUCACAACCAUGUUCUUCUUCUUGUGCUGAGAGAAAUUGGAGCACAUAUUCAUUUAUCCAAUCAAUGAAAAGAAAUAGGCUAAAUCUAAAGAGAGCUGAAGAUUUAGUUUUUGUUCAUACAAAUCUUCGACUUCUUUCGAGAAAGAGUAAGAAUUAUAAUGAAGGAGAAACAAAAAUGUGGGAUAUUAGUGGAGAUGAAUGGAGUCUCUCUGAUGGGGCUGGUAUUCUUAAAGUUGCAAGUCUCUCUCUUGAUGAACCAAACAUGGAAGCUAUUCUUUUUACAAAAGACGAGGAAGGAAAUAGUAACAUUGACACUGUUAGAGUGUGA